AUUGAUUUGAAAUCAAUAGCUGAAUGUUCAUGGCAAUUUCUUCAUAAUCGAAGCACUGUAUUAGCGAAUAGAACCAAUUAGCGUUUCAAAGUGAAUAAACUUGCGAUUAAUAUGGCUUGUUUAAAAUUACGACAAGCCUUAUGGCGGUUUGAAGGUGCCAAAACGUCUUUGAAACUGAAGGCAUGCACUGGUGCUGGAAUGGGAACGUUUCAUUUGGAGCCUGAACAUAACGUUUGUUAUAAUAGGUCUAAAUACCCACAGCGUAUGAAUUCAAGACUGUUCACAUCAUAUGGGUCUAUUCAGCAUAUAGAUCAGACAUUCCUGAAAUCACAUUUUAACCGUGAUGUGAAAACAACAAGUAGAACUUUCAGUAUAACUAAAGGGCUUUUAAACACAUCUAACGGCAUAGAAGAAAGCGAACUAAAGAAAGGAAUAGAAACUAUCAGCGACCAGUUUAUGGAAGCUAGAGAAAUGAUGGAAGAUGCUAGAGAGAGUAAAGGCACAACUUAUUUCUCAGAAGACGUGGAAGACGCCCAGAAAGCAGUUAAAGAAACGUUAGAAAGUUACCAGCAACUAUUGGCUAAAAUAUCCGAUAGUCAGAAACAACAAGUCAUGAGAACAAUCGGGUUAAAAAUGGAAGAGUUGAAAGCUCAAUUGAUUGCCAUGGAGGAGGAUUUGAAAGAAGAUCAUUAGCCUGUUUUCGGAGUAAAUGGAUGAUCGCGGCAACAUUGGGAUAGCAUUGCAAAGGCUACACUGACGUGGACUGUCGGAUAUUUUUAGACUUUUUACAAUGGUUUAGUUCUUUUGCAGCCCGUGCUCUCUUCGAUAUUUUUGUGCUUGACGAUAAUCCAUAGAAAUAUAAAGUCUCUCUAUCGAGACAACCAGAAAUUUUUAGGCAAAAUAUUAGUGGCGUUUCUUCUUGCCCCCCUCUCCUGAUGUUUCCUAGAAACGCCACUGCAACUUAUCUACCCUUUCUCUCUUGUAACUUUAGCUAAUAAGCAUAAUAAAUUGGUAUUUAAUUUU